UUGAUAGGUCUGAAAAUGAAAUGAUAUUUUUCUGAGUUGUACCGCUGGAUGGAGCUGUGUCCGGGGCUGUCACCGGGUUGGGGGGUGGUGGGGCUGCAGCCUCUGUUUUGCAUCCAGUGACCUGAUCAUUUUACAUCAGCAUAACCUUUUGCAAAUGAGGCAAGUGCUUGAUUUUUUAAAAUUUUUUCCCCCCACUGUGCUGCUGCCCUCGUAUGAUAAAGACCAUAAAGUCUGGUGUUAACGCGCAGCCCCUUUUCCCCCCUCACUGUGCAACAGUCUACGUCCACUUCUUUUGCAUAACCACAUCCUGGUGCACAGGGUACUGAGUGUUCCUUAGAGUAGGACACAGCGUUGCUGGAGCAAGAUCUUGCAAUCUUUUUUUUUAAAUAAGAAUCUGGAAGAAAAAAAAAAUUGUGUAGCCUUGUGGAUCAGUGUCUGAAGCUCAUCCUUCUCUCCACCACCUGUCUGAGGAUGGUGUCUGAGCUCAUUCCCCAGCAGCUGUUGUGACAUGUGGGAGAAAGUCACACGCUUCUCCUUCCUGCUUCUGUGAUCUUCACUAGAUUAAAAUAGUGAAGGUCCUUUUUUUUUUUUUUUUGGAGUUGCCGCUGUGUCCAUCCAGGUCAGGGAUGCUCGGUCAGUCCCCUCACCUAGUUGGGGGCAUUUUGUGGAUCCAGAAUCCAAUGAGAGCUGUUCACUGCAACCUGAGCCAGAAUGGCAUCGACCACCAGACCUGCCCCGAGGACAUGACGUCACAGCUGGAAGAAGACGAGGAGUCCGUGGACAGCGGGGCUGCGCUGCUGGACGACGACAGCCAGGGCGUCCGCCCCCCCAUGUUCCAGCGCCGCCCACCUCCACACAGAUCGGUGUCUGAGUCUGAGCUCACCAGGCCUGGUUUUGUGAAGCUGUCCAAACCGGUGGCUCUGUGGACCCAACAGGACGUCUGCAAAUGGCUGAAGAAACACUGUCCAAACCAGCACCAGAUCUACAGCGACUCCUUCAAACAGCACGACAUCACAGGCCGAGCUCUGAUGAGGCUGACAGACAGAAAGCUGGAGAGGAUGGGCAUCAUGCAGGAGGCCCAGAGGCAGCACAUCCUGCAGCAGGUCCUGCAGCUGCGAGUCCGGGAGGAGGUCAGGACGCUUCAGCUUCUCACACAAGCCUCUCUGGAGUGCACUCCAUCUUCACCCUGAAGGACGUUCCUGCAGCAGGACAUGGACGUGAACACCCACCCAGUACGUGACCCGCAGACCUCUCCUUGGACCACGCACAGCUCCCUGCACCGUCAUUUUCACCACCGUCA